GGAGUCUUGUAUAUCCAGGGAUUAUAAUGGCGGAGAUGGCUACAUCACAACUACACAACUGUCCCUCACAAAGAGAUAAUACCCCCUCUAACACAGUCAACAUGGUGGUUUAGUCUGCACUAAAUGAUCCAUCUAACCACUCACUCCCUUCCCUUUCUCAGAGAUUAUGCCCUUAUCAAUAAUGCCUUCACACUCUUGCACCUCCACCACUUCCUCUUCUCUUCUUCCUCUCACUUACUCACAUUUUUUCUUAUAAUAAAGUAACAAACCACUGCCACCUCCACCACCACCGCCACCGCCACUUGGGUCUCUCUCCAUCUGCAAAAUGGACGGCCCAAACCCAUUUUCAGGCCAGAAGAAGGAAGGUGAAGAAGGGAAGAAGCCACGUAGAGUGCCUUUGCUGAAGCUAUUUGCGUUUGCAGACCUUUAUGACUGUUUUCUCAUGGCUGUUGGGUCCGUUGGUGCUUGCAUUCAUGGAGCUUCCGUGCCCGUUUUCUUUAUUUUCUUUGGAAAGUUGAUAGAUAUUAUUGGAUUGGCCUAUCUUUUUCCUGCCGCUGCUUCCCAUAAAGUUGCCAAGUAUUCAUUGGAUUUUGUAUACCUGAGCUUGGUUAUAUUAUUUUCAUCAUGGGCUGAGGUUGCUUGUUGGAUGCAUACUGGGGAAAGGCAAGCAGCAAAGAUGAGAAUGGCCUAUGUGAGAUCCAUGCUGAAUCAAGAUAUUAGUCUUUUUGACACUGAAGCAACCACUGGAGAGGUCAUUUCUGCAAUUACCAGUGACAUUAUUGUUGUUCAAGAUGCUCUUUCUGAGAAGGUGGGCAACUUCAUGCACUAUAUAAGCCGGUUCAUCGCUGGCUUUGCAAUUGGGUUUAUUAGAGUAUGGCAAAUUAGUCUUGUGACACUUGCUAUUGUUCCCUUAAUUGCCAUUGCUGGUGGUGUCUAUGCUUAUAUUGCAACUGGACUCAUUGCCAGAGUUCGAAAAUCCUAUGUGAAGGCUGGUGAAAUUGCUGAGGAGGUGAUUGGGAAUGUUAGGACAGUCCAAGCAUUUGCAGGAGAAGAAAAAGCAGUAAAAUUAUACAAAACAGCUCUCUCCAAUACUUACAUAUAUGGAAGGAAAGCAGGCUUAGCCAAAGGUCUGGGGCUGGGUUCCAUGCACUGUGUCCUUUUCCUUUCAUGGGCAUUGCUUGUUUGGUUCACUAGUGUUGUUGUUCAUAAGAAUAUUGCCAAUGGAGGAGAGUCUUUCACCACCAUGCUUAAUGUUGUUAUUGCAGGCCUGUCACUAGGACAGGCGGCCCCAGACAUUUCUGCAUUCAUUCGAGCCAAGGCAUCCGCCUAUCCCAUUUUUGAGAUGAUAGAGAGGAACACAAUCAGCAAUACUAACUCCAAAACUGGACGGCAACUACACAAACUAGAGGGCCACAUUCAAUUCAGGGAUAUUUCCUUUAGUUAUCCUUCUCGUCCUGAUAUACUUAUCUUUAAUAAGCUGUGUUUUGAUAUCCCUUCUGGGAAGAUUGUGGCCCUUGUGGGAGGAAGUGGAUCUGGAAAAAGCACUGUCAUAUCUUUGAUUGAACGUUUCUAUGAGCCUCUUGCUGGAGAAAUACUACUAGAUGGAAAUGAUAUCAGGCAGCUUGACCUACAGUGGCUCAGGCAGCAAAUCGGGUUGGUCAAUCAAGAGCCUGCACUUUUCGCUACAAGCAUCAGGGAGAACAUUCUCUAUGGAAAAGAUGAUGCCACCCUUGAUGAGAUUACACGAGCAGCCAAGCUUUCAGAGGCUAUUUCUUUCAUUAACAACCUCCCUGAUAGAUAUGAAACUCAGGUGGGGGAGAGAGGAAUACAGUUAUCAGGUGGCCAGAAGCAAAGGAUUGCAAUAGCACGUGCGAUUGUGAAAAAUCCCUCGAUUCUGCUACUGGAUGAAGCUACAAGUGCACUUGAUGCUGAGUCUGAGAAGAGUGUGCAGGAGGCACUUGAUCGUGUUAUGGUGGGACGAACAACUGUUGUAGUGGCCCAUAGACUUUCUACCAUAAGGAAUGCUGAUAUGAUAGCCGUCGUUCAACAUGGGAAGAUAGUGGAAACUGGGAGCCAUGAGGAGCUCAUUUCGAACCCAAGCAGUGCUUAUGCAUCACUUGUUCAACUGCAGGAGACAGCUUCUCUGAAACGCCACCCUUCACAGGGACCUACCAUGGGAAGGCCACUAAGCAUGAAGUGUUCACGGGAAUUAUCACGUACAACGACAAGCUUUGGUGCAAGUUUUCAUUCUGAUAGAGAAUCUGUUGGCCGGAUUGGUGCUGAGGGAGUGGAACCUGUAAAGUCAAAACAAGUUUCGGCAAGAAGAUUGUAUUCCAUGGUGGGUCCUGACUGGUAUUACGGGCUGGUAGGCACCAUUUGUGCCCUAAUUGCUGGAGCACAGAUGCCACUUUUUGCUCUUGGAGUCACUGAGGCUCUCGUAUCCUAUUACAUGGACUGGGACACAACACGCCAUCAGGUUAAGAAGAUUGCAUUCCUCUUCUGUGGAGGUGCUUUCAUAACAGUCAUUGUUCAUGCCAUAGAGCACACAUGCUUUGGGAUCAUGGGCGAGCGGCUCACUCUUCGCAUUCGAGAAAUGUUAUUUUCUGCCAUUUUGGGGAAUGAGAUUGGAUGGUUUGAUGAUGCAAACAACACAAGUUCUAUGCUUUCAUCCCGUCUAGAGAGUGAUGCAACUCUGUUCAGAACCAUAAUUGUUGAUCGUUCUACAAUUCUCAUACAGAAUUUAGGUUUGGUUGUCACCUCAUUCAUCAUUGCCUUCAUCUUGAACUGGAGGAUCACACUUGUCGUCUUGGCUACAUAUCCAUUGAUCAUCAGUGGUCACAUCAGUGAGAAACUCUUCAUGCAAGGCUAUGGUGGAAAUCUGAGCAAGGCCUAUCUCAAAGCUAACAUGAUUGCCGGUGAGGCUGUGAGUAACAUGCGCACUGUUGCUGCAUUUUGCUCUGAAGAGAAGGUCCUUGACCUUUACUCUCGGGAGCUUGUGGAGCCUGCCAAUAAGUCAUUUACUCGUGGUCAAAUUGCUGGCUUAUUCUAUGGGAUCUCCCAGUUCUUCAUCUUCUCAUCCUAUGGCCUUGCUUUAUGGUAUGGCUCUAUACUGAUGGGGAAAGAGCUUGCUAGCUUUAAAUCCGUGAUGAAAUCAUUUAUGGUUCUGAUUGUAACGGCAUUAGCCAUGGGUGAGACUCUGGCCCUGGCCCCAGACCUUCUAAAGGGGAACCAAAUGGUGGCAUCAGUGUUUGAAUUGAUGGACAGAAAGACGGAGGUAAUGGGUGAUGCUGGAGAAGAGCUCACAAGAGUGGAGGGUACAAUUGAUCUGAAGGGUAUCGAGUUUAGGUACCCUUCCAGGCCAGAUGUAGUGAUUUUCAAGGACUUUGAUCUAAGAGUUCGCGCAGGCAAAAGCAUGGCAUUAGUGGGGCAAAGUGGCUCUGGCAAGAGUUCAGUUCUUUCUCUUAUACUCAGGUUUUACGACCCAAUCGCUGGGAAAGUGAUGAUUGAUGGGAAAGACAUCAAGAAACUCAAGCUCAAAUCCCUUAGAAAACACAUUGGUCUAGUACAACAAGAACCAGCUCUCUUUGCCACAUCAAUCUUUGAAAACAUCCUUUAUGGAAAAGAGGGUGCUUCUGAAGCUGAAGUAAUGGAAGCAGCUAAGCUUGCUAAUGCACAUAGUUUCAUCUGUGGACUCCCUGAGGGCUAUUCAACCAAAGUUGGAGAGAGAGGGGUGCAGCUAUCUGGUGGCCAGAAACAAAGAGUAGCCAUUGCCCGAGCUGUCCUAAAGAACCCAGAAAUCUUGCUACUAGAUGAAGCCACCAGUGCUUUAGACGUGGAGUCAGAGCGUGUGGUGCAACAAGCUCUAGACAGGUUGAUGGUGAACCGAACAACAGUCCUGGUGGCACAUAGGCUGUCCACCAUAAAAAAUGCAGACCAAAUAUCAGUUAUACAAGACGGGAAGAUAAUAGAGCAAGGGACUCAUUCAACUCUUGUAGAGAACAGGGAAGGAGCAUAUUUUAAGCUAAUUAACCUACAGCAACAACAACAACAGCAAUAACACCCACAACAAAUUACCCAGGUGAUUCAUGACAGGGUAUUUUGUUCUAUAGUGUUCCCUUUUUAUGUUUCAUCUUUUAUUUUUUCACCUUAUACAUAUGGAUUGGAUGUUAAUUUCAGUCAUUGUUUCAGUAAGAAAAUAAUAACCAUACAUGUUGGAAAAUGUUGUACAAUUUAGAAGGGCAUUUCCAUUCCAUAUUGUUACUUGUUCUGCCUAUUUGACCAUCAGAUUAAGAAAUGGGGGAAAGAGGAAGACCUCUAAUCUCACAUGGCAAAAAAAUAAAUGAAUGUAACAUUUUCAUU